GCUUUCUGUGUUUGUAAGCCUAAUGAGUUCAUGCUUGUGUUAAAAUAACAACUGCAAGUCCUGCCUGGGAAUUUUCUGUUUAAAAGAUGAUCAACACUUCCUUUGUCUACCUCUUCCAGAGAGAGGAAGAGCCCUGUUGUUUGGGACCAUUUGGGUUGUUUGCCCCUUGGUUUUUUCUGUCUGUCUCCUCUUGGAGAGUAGGCCCUUUGCCUGUGAUUGGCUGCUUUCUGUUAGGUUUCCUGGCUACCUCUUACUCCUAGCACUGCUUUUUUGGCCUUAUGUAUUUAUUCAGUAUUUGUUGGCCUGUGGUCCUUCUCCACCAGAGGAAGCUCCAGCAGGGCAUGGCUCCAACUGGAUUUGCUGACCACAGCACCAAAAAGUAGUAGCCUGUGGACAGUCCUUAAGUACUUACCCCAUAAAUAAAGUUUAUACAGGUUUAACAGAAAAGGACAGGAGGGCAGCCAGCCAUAGGGUAAAGGAAGAACGAUGAAUGCAGUGGGUUUUGUUUGUUUGUUUGUUUGUUUUUGUUUUUGUUUUAUUUUGUUUGGUUUUUCGAGACAGAGUUUUUCUGUGUAACCCCUGGUGUCCCGAACUUGCUUUGUAGACCAGGCAGGCCUUGGGAUUAAAGGCAUGAGCUCCCACCGCCCAGCUGCAGUGGGAUUUUUGUUGUUUGUUUCUUUGUACCUCUCAGCUGCCCUUGCACAGGGAGGGCGAGACCAAGUGACAAGCCUUUUGAUUUUUCUUUCACUUUCCUGGGAACAUUUUUUUCUGUGUCUGUCUGUGACUCUCUUUGUUGUUAACCUACUCUGAAUUUGCAUACAUUAAUUGAGUUCAAACCAUGGGUCAGGCUUCUACCCCCUUGAGUCUAGUGCUGGACCACUUUAAGGACUUCUGGAUUUUGGAAGAUUCAGGUUUGGAUGUCUGCCCAUCUUUUGCAGGAGGGGGUGGUCUACCUUCAAAGUAGGGUGGCCAGAGGAGAGAACAUUUUAUUUGCCCAUUAUCUGUAGGGUGAAGGCUUUGGUCUAUGAGGAUCUAAGAUACCCAGAUAAGGUCCCAUUAUGUCACCUGGCAAUAUAUAUAUAUCAUAUAUCAUCUGGCAAUAUCUAGUGGAGCACCUUCCCUCUUGGCUCCAACCUUUCCCUGCUGCUGUGCCCUCUAUCCUCCCCGUCCAGGAAGUACCACCUUGCUGACCACCUUUACUUCUUUCUUCGGCCCCAGAAGAGAAUGAUUUCCAUCCCCUGUCCUAUGCCCCGGGGAAGCUACUGCCAUGGAUGGGGAAAAACAGUCGGAUGCCCAGGCAGGUCCAACAGCAAGCCUACUUCACUCAAGAGCUCGUGUGGCCCGCCUGGCAGAUGCUAAGUUCACAGUGACUCUUCCCCUUUCUUUCACUUUCCCAGGAACAUCUUUCUGUGUCUGUUUGUGACUGUCUUUGUCGUCAUCAUUGUCCUGCUCUAAAUUUACACAGAUUGAGUUCAAACCAUGGGUCAGGCUUCAUCUACCCCCUUGAGUCCAGUGCUGGACCACUUCAUGGGGUCCCCUGAUGGAGACAGUACAUGACUCAUUUGCCCCUUGCUAAUAAUGGUUUGUAUAACUGGAAACUGCAGAACUCCACAUUUUCUGAGACACCAGCUAAGCUUAUUGAUUUUCUAGAUUCAGUCGUGCUUACUCGUCAGCCCACAUGGGAUGAUUGCCAGCAGGUACGGCAGGUUCUCUUCACAACUGAAGAAAGGGAAAUUGGUUCUGGGCACCAAUGGUGUGCCCACCUAGGUUCAGGCUGAUACUGUUGCGGCCUACACCCCAUCCCCAUCCUGGGUGCAACCGAGAAAACAAAAGAAAAGCAGACAAGGAGAGGCUACAGGUCUUCCGCCAGAUUCUCAAGGGGGCCCUCCAGGACGCUGCCAGAUGGCCCCUAAUUUUAAACAAAGUGAUAUAGGGGAAGAAUGAAAAUUCAGGCGCAUUUUUAGAAAGAUUGUUGGAAGCCUACCAAAUAUACAUACCCUUUGAUCCAAUGGCCCAAGAACUUCAGUCAACCAUCGGUAUGGACUUUGUUAACCCAAGCAGUCCCGGACAUGCUGUGCUAACUCCAGUGACUGGACCCUGUACGCACCAUGGUAUCAGCCUUUUGAAGUAUGUAGACAACCUCCUUGUGGCUACCCGAGACCCAGAAACCUGCCUCCAGGCCACCACUUGUUUUACCAAGUGAGUGUUGGCCAAAAAGGCUCAACUCUGCAGACAAGAGGUAACCUCUCUUGGGUACAUUCUCAAAGGAGGCCAACGGAUGUUGUCUCGAUCUUGGAAGAAAGUCAUUCUCAGUAUACCGACCCCCUCCACAAGGAGGCUGGUACAGGAGCUCUCAGGAUCAGUGGACUUCCAUAGACUGGGUGCUGGGAUUCACAGAGAUUGCCAAGCCACUCUAUGAGGCCACUCGAGGGCAGGAAGGCACUUUGGAUUGGGCACCUGAAAUGGAUAGAGCCUUUCUCAAAAGGGCCUCACUUGAAGCGCCAGCCCUAGUCCUUCCAGACAUUUAUAAACCUUUUCAUUUUGUAUGUGGACGAAAAUAAGGGCAUAGCAGAAGGAGCCCUACCUCAAGCCUUGGGCCCUUGGAAGAGCCCGGUUGCAGAUCUGUCCAAGCAGCUGGACCCUGUGGCAGUGGGAUGGCCACCAUGCCUCUCACAUUGUAGUGGCCACUGCCUUAGUAGUUAACGAUGCAGACAAAUUAUCACAGGGCAGGAGCUAGCAAUAACACUCCACGCUAUAAAGGGGAUUUUGAAACCCCCACCCCCGAACGACGCUAUCAAAUGCCCAGGUGGCCCACUACCAGUCUUUACUUCUAAACAUGCCCUGCAUACAAUAAAACCUGUUUUCAGUGCUCAACCCCACCACCUCCUGCUGGACCCAGACACAAAUGUCUAACAUGAUGCUCCAUCGUGCUACAACAUGUCCAGAAUCUCCAGCAGGAUCUGACUCCAUGGCUGGAUGCAGAUCGAGGUCUCUUCAACCGGAGCAGCUUUGUCCAAAAAGGCAACUCUGAACCAGUGCAAUGGCAGUUAAGGAUAUCAGCCUGUGGUCUUCUCAUGAGAAGAUGUUGACAGAGCCCCUCAAGGACAGUGAUGCUGAGGUUUACAGCAUUAUCAAAAAAGAGAGCAACCGGCAGAGGGUUGGAUUGGAGCUGAUUGCCUCAGAGAAUUUUGCCAGCAGAGCUGUGUUGGAGGCCCUGGGAUCUUGCUUAAAUAACAAAUACUCUGAGGGAUAUCCAGGCCAGAGGUAUUACGGUGGGACUGAGUUCAUUGAUGAGCUGGAGAUCCUGUGCCAGAAGCGUGCAUUGCAGGUCUACCACCUGGAUCCUCAGUGCUGGGGGGUCAAUGUCCAGCCUUAUUCAGGCUCCCCUGCAAACUUUGCUGUGUACACCGCCCUGGUCGAGCCCCAUGGCCGAAUCAUGGGCUUGGACCUUCCAGAUGGAGGCCAUCUGACUCAUGGUUUCAUGACAGACAAGAAGAAGAUCUCUGCCACAUCUAUCUUCUUUGAAUCCAUGCCUUAUAAGGUGUACCCAGAUACUGGCUACAUCAACUAUGACCGGUUGGAGGAGAACGCCAGCCUCUUUCACCCAAAGCUCAUCAUCGCAGGGACCAGCUGCUACUCUCGGAACCUGGACUAUGCACGUUUGCGAAAGAUUGCUGAUGAAAAUGGGGCGUAUCUCAUGGCAGACAUGGCACACAUCAGUGGGCUGGUGGCAGCAGGUGUGGUGCCUUCCCCUUUUGAACACUGCCAUAUAGUGACCACCACAACCCACAAAACCCUGAGGGGCUGCCGUGCUGGUAUGAUAUUCUACAGAAAGGGUGUGCGCAGUGUGGAUCCCAAGACUGGCACAAAGAUUUAUUAUGAACUGGAGUCACUCAUCAACGCUGCUGUGUUCCCAGGCCUCCAGGGCGGUCCCCACAACCAUGCCAUUGCUGGUGUUGCAGUGGCCCUGAAACAAGCCAUGACUACAGAAUUCAAAAUCUACCAGCUCCAGGUGCUGGCCAACUGCAGGGCUCUGUCUGAGGCCCUCACAGAGCUAGGCUACAAAAUAGUCACAGGUGGCUCUGAUAACCAUUUGAUCCUAGUAGACCUCCGCUCAAAGGGGACUGAUGGUGGAAGGGCUGAGAAGGUACUGGAAGCUUGUUCUAUCGCCUGCAAUAAGAACACCUGCCCAGGUGACAAGAGUGCAUUGCGGCCCAGUGGACUGCGUCUAGGGACUCCAGCGUUGACAUCCCGUGGACUUUUGGAAGAAGAUUUCCGAAAAGUUGCACAGUUUAUCCACAGAGGGAUUGAGCUGACUCUGCAGAUUCAGGGUGAAAUGGCUGAGAGGACCACCCUGAAGGAGUUCAAGGAGAAGCUGACAAGUGAUGAAAAGUACCAGAAUGCUUUGCAGAAACUUCGGGAAGAGGUGGAGACCUUUGCUUCCAACUUCUCGCUGCCUGGCCUGCCUGAUUUCUGACAGCGCAGCUUGCAUUUGCCAAGAGGGUAGGACUGCUCUGGGACCCUGUGGAGUCUGCCCUCUUGAAACCACCAACCUGUCCUGAAGUGGACCACUGAGCUGCAUCAUGCUUUGGCGGGUGUUUCUGUCCAGUUUGCAUUUCAAAUAUUCUGGGACAGGUUAUUAAGGACUACAAAUUGAAACUUCAUUUCUCAAUAGCUGUAUAUAAUUCUGGAAAAAAGUACUAUGUAGCUAUUUGACCUCAUUCAUCCAUUGCAGUAUGAGGAGGCAGAAUUCUCCUUUCUCUUUACUAAGUGGCAGGUGAGGGAAUGCUCAAGUUCUCCAUUCUUCCUACUGUGUCCCCCAGAAGACUGCCAGAGCAUUCCUGAGUGUUCUGCUCUGAGCUUGAGAUGGUAUACCAGGCGAGUGUAUAAGCAGGGAUAGUAUUAGGGGCUGGAGAGACAACUCAGCACUUAAGAGCGCUGGCUGCUCUUUCAGAGCACUCUUGCCACAUGGUGAAUCACAACCACCUGUAACUCCAGUUGCAGAGGAUUUGACCCCUUCUUGUGCUUUCUGAGGACAGCAUGCACACAUGAAGUGCAGAUAUGCAUGCAGGCAAAAUAGCAAUACACAUAAACUUUUCUUUUAACGAAAAAAUGUCAGCAGGUUGACGUUUUAAUAGAAGGGCUAGGGGUGUCACUUAGGUCAUACACAUACUCAGUAUGUAUGAUGCCCUGGGUUCAUGCCUAGGACACAAACACACUCCUGUAGAACUGGCUGUCUCCACAAAUUGGGAAUCCCUUCCUGGUCUGAGAAUCGGUGGAGGCCAAAGGCUUUGUGUUUCAACUGCCUAAGAUAACUAGAUCCUUUCUAUAAUUAGGGACCCAGAUGCCACCUUCCCGAAGAGUCUUUUAUUUUUCACAUUGCUGAAUUGCAAACCAUCAGUGACUUUAAUAUGGACAAAUUUUUACCCACAGAAUGUCUACAAGAAUUAUAGCUUUAAAAAAUACAACCAGUUUUUAUAUUUUAAAAAUAUCUGAACUCAAAUAAAUUAAUAUCUUAAAAAGUA